UCGAGGAAACCAGCCCAAUUCUCAGAGAAUGGACACCAUCUCAGCGAUAAUCCAUACCCUACCUUUAUGCAUCAAAACGCAGGAUCUUUUCCAAACUAUCAAGCUGUUCAGCGAGAGUCCGACUAAGGAUGAGAUCCAGGCUCUCACUGGACAUCUUGUAAAAUCUGAAAGAGAUCCUGCAUGUUCACAGGUAUAAGAACAGGAGGUCAUGGUGAGCUAGGAUGCUUUUUGGUGGUCUCCAAUAUUGGUCUCUCCUUCUUCUGGUUUUUGGUCUUUCCUUCCUCUCUGGUAUAUUCAGUUGUAGGCUGGGCCUUCCUCUUCAGAGGGCUUUCGUGGAUCGUGCCUUCUUGUUCGGUAUUUGUUGUCCUCACUCGCUUCUUCCUUUCCAGUCGCAGUUCGUUAGUCGCUCUGUCCCCCUGGUGUCCAUUGCAGCCUCGUUAAACGAAUGACUCAGUCGUUUAGUCGCAACUUCUGUUUGAGUAGUUCUGAU